UAUGGUUGAGCGCUGCCUUGCUGGAUCCCAGAAGAGAGGGGCUGAGCCGAGCCGAGCCAGGCAGCUCCUUUUUUAUUUUCAGCUGAGCUAGUGUCAACCUGAGUGGCCCCAGAGGCCCGAGCCAAGCACUGCACAGGGCUGCCAGAGUCCUUCCCACAAGGCUGAAAGACGGAGACUCGGGUUUGAAGCUUCCAGUCCUGUGUCCACUUGGCCUUUAGCUGGAGGAUCUUUGGCUAUGUAUGGUGUGUAUUGUAUGGAUUACCAAUACCCAGUCGUCCAGGGUAACCAGGAGCCAGCAGCAACUCCUGAUGCAAUGGUGCAGCCAUUCACCACAAUCCCAUUUCCGCCACCCCCACAGAACGGGAUUCCCACAGAGUAUGGGGUGCCACACACUCAGGACUAUGCAGGCCAGACCAGCGAGCACAAUCUGACGCUCUACGGAAGCACGCAGCCGCAUGGAGAGCAGAGCACGAACACGGCCAGCACGCAGAACGGAUCUCUUGCACAGACAGAAGGAGGGGCACAGACAGAUGGACAGCAAUCACAGACACAGAGCAGUGAGAAUACCGAGAGCAAAUCCACUCCAAAACGACUUCAUGUGUCUAAUAUUCCCUUCCGCUUUCGAGAUCCUGACCUUCGGCAGAUGUUUGGGCAAUUCGGCAAAAUCCUUGAUGUAGAGAUAAUCUUUAAUGAGCGUGGCUCGAAGGGAUUCGGGUUCGUAACUUUCGAGAAUAGUGCUGAUGCAGACAGGGCCAGGGAGAAAUUACACGGCACCGUGGUAGAGGGCCGUAAAAUCGAGGUUAACAACGCCACUGCGCGAGUGAUGACCAAUAAGAAGAUGGUCACGCCAUACGCAAAUGGUUGGAAGUUGAGUCCUGUGGUUGGAGCGGUGUACGGCCCUGAGUUAUAUGCAGCGUCCAGCUUUCAAGCAGAUGUCUCGCUGGGCAAUGACGCCGCAGUGCCCCUGUCAGGAAGGGGGGGUAUUAACACUUACAUUCCUUUAAUCAUUCCAGGCUUCCCCUAUCCAACUGCAGCCACCACAGCAGCCGCGUUUCGGGGAGCCCAUCUGAGGGGCCGAGGAAGGACAGUGUAUGGGGCAGUCCGGGCAGUACCUCCCACAGCCAUCCCUGCCUACCCAGGUGUGGUUUACCAGGACGGAUUUUACGGUGCUGACCUCUAUGGUGGAUACGCAGCCUACAGAUAUGCACAGCCUGCUACUGCAACAGCAGCCACGGCCGCUGCAGCCGCUGCAGCAGCUUACAGCGAUGGUUAUGGCAGGGUGUACACAGCAGAUCCUUACCAUGCCCUUGCCCCUGCCGCUAGCUACGGAGUUGGCGCUGUGGCGAGUUUAUACCGAGGUGGCUACAGCCGAUUUGCCCCCUACUGAAGUGACGUGAGCCCCCUGCAAGUGGGACAGCCCCCCCAGUUCAUGAGGCCUGGCUAUUGCAAUAUUUACUAGUAGAGGAACUCUAUAGCAAGACGAGGAGGAAAAACAAAAAACAAAAGAGAAAAUACUUUUUUAUACCUCACUAUGUUCUUUGAAUAUGUAUUUUUUUUUCCUUUAAAUUUCUGCCUUUAAUUCUUUUGUUCCAAAGAUUGUGCAUUUUUUUGUUUUUUGUUUUCGUUUUUGGGGUUUUUUUAACUGUGGUAAAAAUAAUGCAUUUCCGUGUCUGUAUGUUGGUGCAUAGCUUAUCCUACCAAUCACGGAAAAGGCGAUUAGCGAUAAGGAAAGCUGUUAGAAACCGAUACCGUGUGAUCAAUCAGGAACACGCAGACAGUUACUUCCCUGGGUCUGGUGCUUGGUGUCUGUGAGACAGGAGGAUGCGAGGGAGAAGUCUCCACCUGCCAUGUUUCUGGUCUACGGAAGGAAGGACUCUUUGGCUGUGGCUGGGACCUUAAUGCUGGUGGGAAAUAGUCAUUUACAUUUGAAAUUGGGGGGAAAAGCAGAGACUUUCCUCGUUUCUAUCACCAUCUGACGCGCACAGAUUUGGGACAGUUUCAGCAGUGUCAGGAUUUUAGACUUGACAAGAGAAGAUUUCCUCAACCUGCCCAAAGACUUUGGCUGUUAACGUGCUGUACAGGGGACAAGACUUUGAAUGGAGUUUUUUUUUGAUGAGGACGGUCUUUCCCCACCCCACACAACUUAUUCUAGCUGACUGUUGGCUGUAAUUAUCUUAGUUUUCUUUCCUCCUUUUCAAGAUCUUUCUCCCUUGCUGUCCUUUUCCUCCUCUUUCUUUCUUCGAGGAGUGGCAGAUCACACAGAGUACCUCUGUUGCGGACAGCUAGUGGUGGAACUUGCAGCAAAAGCAAGCUGGCCAAAAAGUCAUGCAGUGCUUGGGCACUCAGAGAUCCACCGUGCAAGGUCUCUCGUGUUCAUCCUGAGCUGCUUAGGCACUUCUGCAAGUAAUCUCUUUCAAAUAACCUGAGUGAGGAAAAACGAGUCAUGUAUAAGCUGCUGAGGCAAGGGCAAGCGUGUGGGUUUGUGUAGGGGAAGAGGGUCUUUUAUACCUAAACGUGAUCCUGAAGUAGUUUUGUUUCAUUCGGGAGUUUAAGGGAAGGAAAAAGGAGUUUGUGCAAGCUCUGAGUUCAUAGGAACUUCCCACCACAAGCUAUUUCAGGCCCUUACAUAGUUGUGUUGGAGCCCCUGGGUCUGUUUUGCCCAGCCUCUCAUAGAAAGUUGUGCACCUGGUCUGCUGAGUCCAUAUAGACACUACAUAUUAAGCGAUUUGGAAGCAGAGGGACGAUUUAGGGGAGGGCUCCACGACUCCCAAGACUCCCUUAUGCUGUCACAUACAGUGAUUUCGCUGUGUUUCACAGUCAGCGUUUUUAGAUGGCUGCGUGAGCUGUGCUGUGAUGUCCCCGCUCAGCUGGUGGCUCCUCGAGCGCUCCCAGUAACCCCAGUGCUCAGAGGCAGGGUCUUUUACCACGUGUGAGCCAAGUGCAGAAGCAGGGUUGUGUUAGGCUGCCUCGACUCCCUCAGUUGGUACUGGGGUGAGCUCACUGCCCCCAGAAGGGCUGCUGGGAGCCUGGGUUUGUUGGUGGAGCCUGUCCAACUCCUGUCGUACACCUGCUUCUCCAUCCACCGCUGACAGCAGAAUAGGAAACCUCCUGCGUUUAACACUAAGCGAUGUCAACCAGCAGAGCUCCCAGGGAGGUGGUGUGGCCCAGCCACAGGUAACCACGCAUAUUUUUUUUGCUCUUCCCCAGCGACAUUUGUAGCCUCUCUGUGUGCAGCAGAGAGGUGGCACCUCAAAUGGGAGGAAUGGGGAAGCCAUUAGUUAAGCUAGAGACCCUGAAGCUAUUGAUUCUCUGGAGGAAUAGCUAGAUAAAGGGGACACCAAACUGCCAGCCUGUUGGCCACCUUUUAUUAUUAUUUUUUUUCUGGUUUUAUUGUUGGUUUUUAACUUUUUUUUUUCAAGCCAAAGUUUGGUUUGUUGCUGUUAUGACAAUUUUUUUGUUGUUUGUAUAUAAAUAUUUUAAUUAGCUUGAAAAUGGGGAGGGGGGAACAGGGUGUCGGGGCUUUCAUAAAAUCUAGGAAAUGAGGGGGACUCGGGGUGCUUGGGGGCUUUUACCGAGUUGGGAGAGGGGAGGGAGGACUUGUGGUAGAAAUAGUCAUAACUCAAGGGGAGGCAUUUCCGCCACGGGGCAGCCAGGGGACUUGUGGAGCUGAGAUGCAGCAAAAGCCUCUACUGGACUUGUUCUCCUCACCUGUGGGGCGGAGGGGCUGAGUGAGGCCAUCCCUUCCCUCGCCCGCAGGCGGUUCCUCAUGGAGCAGGUCUGUGAGUGAGAGGAGCUGCUCGCCCCUCUGCCCCGUCCCUACCUUUCAGUUCAGCUGGUUCUGACUGCAGCUCCCCAAAAGCUGGGCUCUCCCUCCCCGAGUGCCCUCCCCUGCCCUGGCAAUGUCGCCUGCAAUCCCUACCCCCCUUUCCCCCCCACCCUGCCAUUUGGCCUCUCUGGGAGUGGGGAGGCCAGCCCCGUGUCUGCCUCCGAGCAGAGUCUAUGCAUGGCAGCUUCAGCCCGCCCGAGUCUAUUAGGAGUUGAGGGGUUUAGUGCAGAAGCGCCCAACCUUUGCGGGGUCCUGUGGUCCCCUGCAGCGUGAUCUCCAAGUCAUACCUGCUCUAGACCAUCCAGCCUGAUUCCUCUUGUAUCCGAGCCCAGCCUGCUCCAGUCGUUCCCUGCCAGGCUCCUCCAGGGCAUUAACCACCCGGUGUCUCCUCGGCUCCGUAGUUAAUGCUGCAAGAUCCCUGCUGGGGCAGCUCACAGUAGCCCAGCUCCUUGCCCUCAGCCGUGGGCUGCAGAGGGGAUGCCGUGAUGCUGGCACGGCUGGAGGCCGGAGGUAGCUCGCUGGUUCCAGGUCUCCGGAGCACCAGACCUCCCAAAAACUUGCACACCAGCUGGAAUUUUGCAGCGAGGUUUCUCAAGUGAGUGUUGUGCCAUGGCAGGGAGGGAGAGCUCUUCAGCCUUUCCUUGCCUCUCGGUGAACAACAGCUCUGGUUUCACUCAGAUGUGUUAUGAACUGGCUUGAGAUGUGUUCAGAGUAGCCAAGCCGUGGCUAUAUCCAUCUUCUGAAGAAGUGAGGACAAAGCCUAUAUCUCUCCCUAUGCAAAAUGAAUUACACUUAAUGAAUUAAACUGGGCCCUGGCUUAUUUGACUGACGGCAGCUAGUGCUUGUCCCCGAGAUGGGUCUGCAGUCACAGGUCCCUCGCAAAGCGGGGUUUGGCUUUCCAAGGGAAACCGCACAGGCAGCCUGGCAAAUAGCUUGCUGUUUGUCACCACCUCGUCUGGUGGCAUCUGGGAUUCCUCUUGAAUGUAGAGGAAAAGACGUUUCUUUAAGUGUUGCUGUUUGUACUGUCUUGCAAUAGGUCUGGCCAGCACAUGAUAUUAUACUGGUAAAAUUUUGGAUCGAAGAGUUGAUUUAUUUAAUGUGCUGAUGUAUCUUUCCUUGUGGGUACCGUCGUGCUGGUACAAAGAUGACUUCUACUGGUAUAACUUAUUGCCAGUAGAGAAUAUGCUGUAUUGGUGCCCAGCACGUUAACAAACUAUUGUCGCUGCCCCGGUGCCAGGGAGGCUGCAGUGCUGCGGGUGGGUUGGCUCUUCUAGGAAAAGCCAUGAUGGGACCUGGAGACAACGGGGAGGUCAGCAUGAGCCUGCGAUAGCCAGCUCUUCCCAGGUUAUUAAGCGGUCACGUGGAUCCUGUGUCAUGAGUUCAGAUAGACAAAGCCAUGUUUUUAAAUUAGCUGUGGCUUGGCUGUUUCGGUGCCCGAGAGAGAGUGCUAGCUCAGGAGUCGGAGACCUGUGUUUUGGUCAGGGCUCUGUGAUCCUCAGAGGGUCAUCAUGGAGCAGUCGUGUCGCUGCUCUAGAACUCGCUUCCCCGUCCCUAAAGUGAAGUGGAAGUUUAUCCCCUCGCCUCGCCCAUCUUGAGAUCUGUGGAUGUGAAGUGCACAGUGAGAGCUGAGGAGGGUUAAGUGAACAGCUGGCUCCAGGGCCAGUUGUGAAAACGGUUAAUUGAAACCAUUUCCUUGCCUGAAGAGGGGCUCUGGCUGCUGGGGUUUCCAUUCCAGCACCCGGAGCUUCGGCCGUGGGGAAUACAAAGCAGACCCUCACCGUUCCUACCCGUGUUUUUCCCCAAACCGUCCCUGUCCGUAGCUUCCCAUCCCCGCCCCAAAGAAGGAGGCAAGUGGAGAACAGGUUUGGGGGAGCACUUAGGAAUUCAAUAAAGGGAAAACCAAACAACAGCUCUGGGGAGAGCUUUUGCUGAGUCUAGCUCCAAAGGGAAAGCGUGCGGGCAGCGUGGCAGGCAGCCUGUCACCCUCCAGCCUGGCAGGGUCAUGGGGGAUGCUGUCCCUGGUGCAGAGGGGUGAUUUUUAGAGUAUGUUACCUGUUUGCACUGUUUUAAUAUAGGAGGGGGGGUAAAAAAAAACAAACAACCAACAACAAACAACCUAGUGAACAAGAUGAGCAUCCAAUGUAAUCUUCGUGUUUUUAUUUUGUCAUGCUCUUGGAAAAUGUCAAACAUUUUGUAGUAUACACCAGUGAGACUUGAUUCUUUGUUGCAUAAAACACUAUUUUUGGUGAUGUUAAUGUCUGAAAAGCCCCUUCCCUCCACCCCCCACCUUACUGAUUGCCCUCUCCACCCUCCAACCCCAGUAAACUUCUACAGUGAAAACUCCAGUCAACAAGGCCAGCAGGAGUCUGAUAGCCAGAGUGUGAAAUGGGGCCCUUUUCAAGUAGGCUCUGGGGUUUCUCCCCGGUACGCUUUGCUCUAGCCAGGAGUUGGCAGGAUGGACCCUGUCUCUCUGCAGCGCGGGCAUCCAUGGCAGCCUCAGUGGGACGUGGGAUGUCCAUGUCCCAUCUCUGUUGCCACUGCUAGCCCAAGAAGGCAACUGCUUGCCAGUGGUGGAAAGGACUGCCAGCGGUUGUCCUCUCUGGGUGGCAGUUUUCAGCCGGCCCUGGGCUUGUGCAGGGGACAAGCUGCCUGCGCUGCCUCUCCACUCGUGGCAGAGCAAAAAAUGCAUCAGCCAAAAACCUUGCCUGAUUUCACCAGGAGAUUGCUGGUGUCUAAAGCCGUCCACCUGAAUAUUCGUUUAGCUGGCAGUCAGCAAAAUGCCAGUUAAUCUUAGGAAUGGUUUUUCUUUUUUUUUAUAUAUAUUUUUUUGUUGUUGUUCCGAAGUGGGUCAAUAAAUCUCUUGCCAGAUUCCCAGUUCUCUGCUGGUGGAGGGGCUUGUUGCUUCCCCGAGGAGUGAAUUCAUUACAGAAAUCAGGCCUCCCACAUAAGUAGUCUCAGUUUUGGUCAUGUUUUUCUAAUUUUUUUUCUGUUCACAGUAUUUUGUGUGUGCGCGCGUGUUGUAGUUUUGGCAGCUUGAUUUGGCUGCAUUAUCAAGUGACGAAAUAAUCCUCUUUUACCCCAGGGGAUAUGAUUUGGUUUUGGGUUUUUUUUCCUUUUUUUUUUUUUUUUUUUUUAUAUGAUAAAUCCUGCUUGUAAAUAGCUGGAGCUAAAACCUGGGGCUGAUAGCGAAUGAGAACCAGGGCUAUAGAGCGAUAAUGGAGCUGGUGGAGUAUUUUACUGACCUCACAGGCUGAUCUACUUGAGACUUGGAGCUUUUUCAGUGCGAGGCUGAGAUGCCCCAGCACCUCCAAUGGCAGCGACGGACUUGCCCCUUCACGCCGUCUCCCCAGCACCUCCCAUUGCCAGGUACCGCCGGGGAAGGGGACGUGUUCCCAGUGGGGCGCGUUCCCUUCCCCUGGAUCAUUUCCUAGGACGCCCGAGCCGCUUGCCCAGGGUCCCAUUUCCCUGCUGACUCUGGAGAAGCAGUAUCUGCAUCCCAGGGCUUUGUGACAGCCUCUAACUUCCCGCCCUCCCUCGUUAAGUAUCAUAUUGUAUAGUAGCUUUCAGACCAUACAGUAUUCAUUGGGUUAUUCCUAUUAUUAUCAAGUAGCUGGAAUUGUGAAGGUCGGAGUAGUUAGAUCUUUAGCUUUUAUUCCUUUUUUUUGUAUUACUAUCCAUGUGUAUAAAUUAUUGAUCAUGUUGCUGGCUUUUAUAAACUCUAAGCAAGGGGGGAAACCCUUCCUAACCCUUUGCAAAUGGUAAUGAAGCACUGUUUUUAAAUAAAAAGAGAGAAACACCAG